AACGUGGCCACAUAAAUGAUUUUGGGUGGGACCGUGGGGGUGGUGGUGGGAAAGGAAGAUGAUAAGAUGCAAUUCGAAAGGCGCCCGUCAGACAGACUUGGAAUUCGAAAGGCGCCCGUCGCUUGUCUUCGUCUUCGUCUUCGUCUUCGAGCGAGCGCCGCCACCCAUCCCGCUGCCGAGCAGCGCCCCAGCCCCCUCGCUCCGUCUCGUCUUCCUCCUCGUGCGAGCGCAGGGGGGAAGGCUCCUUCAUCUCGUCUGAUGUUGACCAUGGCUGGAGAAGCUGAUGGGAACACCCGACAGACAUCAAGGUUCCCCCCGGCUCUGAAUGAGCGUAUCCUUUCCUCCAUGUCUCAAAAGCACGUUGCUGCACACCCAUGGCACGACCUGGAGAUAGGUCCAGGAGCUCCUGCAGUUUUCAACUGUGUGGUUGAAAUUCCUAGAGGCAGCAAGGUUAAGUAUGAGUUGGACAAAUCAACUGGUCUUAUCAAGGUUGAUCGUGUUCUUUACUCCUCUGUUGUUUACCCACACAAUUAUGGUUUCAUUCCACGCACACUCUGUGAGGAUAAUGACCCCAUAGACGUCCUUGUCCUGAUGCAGGAACAAGUUGUUCCUGGAUGUUUCCUGCGUGCCCGUGCUAUUGGACUUAUGCCUAUGAUUGACCAGGGUGAGAAAGAUGAUAAGAUCAUAGCUGUAUGUGCUGAUGACCCUGAGUACCGUCACUUUAGAGAUAUCAGUGAACUUCCCAAGCAUCGCCUUCAGGAGAUCCGUCGCUUCUUUGAAGAUUACAAGAAGAACGAAAACAAAGAGGUCGCAGUGAAUGAUUUCCUCCCAGCAGAAGAUGCCAUCAAGGCGAUCAAGUACUCGAUGGAUCUCUACGGUUCCUACAUCAUUGAGGGCUUAAGGAAGUGAUCUCUAGCUGCUCAACUGCAGAUGCUACGUGAUUCUUCAUUCCACAGCUUAUCUAUACCACGCGAGACUUAUGUUAACAUCAUGUCCUUAAACCAUGAAUCGGGGAUAUAUAUAUACCUUAACUGAACGGUCCAUAUAUUUUCUUUCCAUAUAUGCCAUGUCAGCUCCAAAUUAUAUGACCGCUUGCUCGAACAGCGGUCCCCAAACCGUCGCUUAACUGAACGGUUGGUGUAAUAGAAAAUCACCAUUUCAUAAAGGCUCAUUUCAAUAUCUGAUGUUAUUUUUUA